ACGUCGCUCUUUACAGGCUCGGCUGUUUGUAUGGCAGUAAUGGAUUCUAGUGAGCCACCGAAUAUUGUAGCUUUGCAAAUUUUCUGAAAAAGCAAUCUUCUUCUUAAAUAUAUCACAGAUUAUCACUUUUUAAAACCAGAUAUUCUAAAGCACUUUUUUUUCUGACGUUCAUAUCUGGCCACCAUGGGUGGACUGGGGAAUGGUCGUCGUGGAGGAAGAGCCCCUUCUUUAAUGAUUGCCUCCCUAAUUACCUGUAUCUUGGUUUUGGGCUUUAAAUACUGGGUGUCCAGCUCUCGCAACCUGGAGCUACAGACCAAGCUGUAUGAGCUGGAAGGACAGGUGCGACGAGGAGCGGCUGAGCGAGGCGUAGCAGAGAUGAAGAAGAAUGAGUUUCAGGAGCAGAUUCAGAAACAGGUGCAAGAGAUCAAUCACAUGGAAAGCCUUCGCAGGAAACAACUAGAAGAUGUCAGCCAAGAGAAGGCUAAAUUGCAGCAAAAUAUUUCCUCCAGCACCAAAACCAUAGAGGAACUCAAAGGUCAGCUGAAUCAGAUGAACAAUGACUUGGGGAAGCUUCAGAAAGAGCUGCAGCGUUGCCAGGCCAGCCCAAACAUCCUCAACAAUAAGCUCACUGUUGACAUAGCUCACUGUCAGUCUCAGGUUCUGUCCCAAAAGAAGCUGUGUGACGAGAAAAUGGCUGCUGUUAAACUUGAAGUUCAGAAGAAUGUUCAGAAAGCUGUUCCGCCUGAAGGUGCUCCCACACAGCAGAAAAACACAGAGGCUGGAGAACAGAAAGAAGAGCCAAUAGCAAAGGCCGCUCCCACAGAGGCUGAAGCAGCAGCUGCUGUGAGCCAGAAACCAAACAUCCCUCAGAGCAAAGGAAGUAAAGCUUCUGAGCUGCUCAACAACUACGUCAACAUUGACAAAGAGUUGUCAGAACAACCUCUGAUAGAUGAUCUUUCUAAAGCCGACUCCCAGACCGUUCCAUUGGCCGCUUCAGAGAAUCAGAAGAAACUGCAGCAGAAAGAGGGAAAAGGAAAAGCUUCUGAGACAACGACCAGAAAAGGUUUGACAAACCAUCGGAUGGACGAUAAAGACAUAGAGGUGAUUGACGUUCAUGAGGAAGGUGCCCAAACUGAAGAAGCAGAUCCGGGAGUGCAGGACAUCCUAAAUGGUCAAGAAAAGGCAGAGGAGACAGCUAACGGUCAAAGGCCUGAGGAACCAGAUGAAUAUGACGCAGACGAGCAAAUCGUUGAUGGAGUCGAUUUGGAGAAACAGAGAAAUAAAAACACAGAGGAGGAAAUGGCUGACUACAAUGGCGACGAUGAGAAUGAAGGAGAGUAUGAAGCUGACAAACAAGCUGCACUUGCUCAAAACUGAGAGACACAAUAGAGGAAGAAUCCUCCAAACCUCCCCUUUCAGAGAACAGGAGAUGUUGUGCACCACAGCUCCGCAGCAACCAAGCAAACACAGCAAAAACGCAAACCAGUUUCAGCGUUUUCUUGAUCUCGUUUAGAUGAUCAGAUGAUCGAUCGUCGUUCCUCAUUCGAGGAUAUGUCAUCUGUUUCCUUUCUUUUUCUUUUUUUAAAUUUGUUUUAGUGAAUGUCAGACAUGACUGAAGACAUCUCAUAGCUUGACACCAUUUGGAUCACGUCGAUGUGGAUUAAAAUGACAGGUAUUUUAUGAUGUGUUGACAGGCCUUAAGGUCAUUUGAUAGCAACUGUGAAUUCAGAUAUCAACUUACCGCUUUUGGGCUUCAGGGUGUGAAAUACUGAGAUGAGCGUCAAGAUCUGAGUUCUUGCUGUGACACACAUCAGCCACCAGAGAGCGCUGUUACCUUUCUCAUUAUUGCAUUUUUAACAAGCGUUCACCCUUCUCCUGUAUAGUUUCUUAGAAAAAUUUUUAUAUUUGAGUUUCCUGCUAUAUUUUUCCUCAUAAAAAAUGCGGUAUUGUAGUUUAGUUUAAUUCUUGAUCAUUCCUAAAAAUAAAUAAAAAAACAUACACACAAACUUAAUUAGAGUUUAUAGAUGAUUCAAACAUUUUGUUUGAAGCAUGAUUUUAUUGCAGCACAUUUAUAUUCGGUAAUUAAUUCUACAUCAUUGUUGAAAUAUUCAGGCACUUCAUUGGGAGCAGGCUUUUCCUUCUGAGCUGUAUUUUCCACAGAGCAUCAUGUGGGUUACGGUUUGCAUCUUUGUGUAUUUGAACUAGGACAAGGAGAUGCUGGAAGUGCUCUUCUGCAGACCCUAAAUGUUGCUGCUUCAGGCUGCAUCUGCUUUUGUUGACUAGUUGUGUGUCAACAUCUUACUCUGCUGACUCUGUGGAGGUCGAAUGUGGAAAGAUGGUGAAAUUACUCGGUGUGCUCACAGUCUGCUGCAUCCUCUGUGUCAGUAUCCGGCAGGGACUUCAAAGAAUUGCUGUAUUGUAAUUGUACACAUUUACACAGAGCA